CAAAUCCCGAGGUAUUGUCAUCUGUAUCGCCUCUUCCACGGCCCAGACGUGCUAUCCCCCCAGGUGCUGAAUGUCGUGCAGUGUUGUGUGUUGAGGACGUUAAUUAUCUCAAGUAGUAUGGAAGGCCAACAGUUUUGCUUGAGAUGGCACAAUUUUCAAAAUACUCUACUCAGUUCAUUGCCAAAAUUGCUCGACGGCGGAUAUUUGACUGAUGUUACGCUUAGCGCCGGUGGUAGACACAUUCGUGCACAUAGGAUUAUACUAUCAGCUUGUAGCUACUACUUCAAAGAGUUGUUCAAGGACUUGAGUGCAUUACAGCACCCUGUAAUAGUCCUCCCUGGGAUGGAAUACGCGAAUUUAUGUGCCCUAGUCACCUUCAUGUACAAUGGCGAAGUGAACAUAUACCAGGAGCAACUGCCAGCCCUGCUGGCCAUGGCUGACACCCUCCACAUUCGUGGACUCGCCGACAUUGCCGGGAAGACCUCUCGUCGAGACUCAAAUGGGCUGUACGUCGACCCACCGUCCGAGGAGACGGAGUUGACAGAAGCCCCAGUGAAGAAAGAGAUAAUCGAGAGUGCACCAGUGCCUGAUACCCCAGAGAAUCCGAUUCCCUCGUCGAUUCCCCAAGAGUCCGAGCAUCCUGAUCUCGACGAGAACUAUCAGGACCACGAGGACAUCCCCUGCAGCGUCAAGACCAAGCCCUACUACUCGAUAAACGCGAAGCUAUGCCAGAAGGAGAAGAAACAGUGCACGACGAAUGGACCGAAUGUACCGAAGCAAGUGGAGCAGACAAUUGCUGAUGACAAGGCAGACGAUAAUAUGGUGAUUGCUGAGGAUCAGAGCUGCAGUAUUGACGAGGGAAAGACAUCGAUAAUUGACACGACAUUCAGAUACCUGACGACACCACCAACAGCUAGAAACAAUCAGACUUGCAACAAGACCAGUGUUACGUGUUUGAUUUGCGGAAAGCAGUUGAGCAAUCAGUACAAUCUCAGGGUCCACAUGGAGACACACAGCAACAGCUCGUACAGCUGCACUGCUUGCUCGCAUGUGUCAAGGUCCAGGGAUGCCUUGAGGAAACAUGUGUCUUACCGACAUCCUGUUGCAACACCCCAGAAACGCCCGAGGUACAGCAUCUCGAAACCGUAGGACUCGGGGCGAGAGUAGAUUGUUUAUUCAGGGAUUUUUUUUCGCGGUACCAUGGGAGGGGAGGUAGAGGGGUGAGUCGACUCUUUGGCGAUGAUUUUUCGGAGAUGGUGGGGGAAUUUUUGCUAAGAGGCUUUUUGGAGAGAAAGUUCUUGUGGAAAUUUUGAUAUCUCUUUUUGAAUUCUGAGACAGUUGAAGAAUGUUAAUCAACGAAAUGAGUUUUUAGGAAAUAUCUUGAAAUUUGUGAGAGGUUUUUGAAAUCAUGACAAACGUUUUCGGAUUUUUAGUUAGAAGAGAUCUUGGGAGGUAGGGGAUUUUUUUAGUUUUUUUAAAUUCUUGACAAAGAUUUUGAUCUCCCAAAUUUAAAAAAAGAAAAAGUGAAAAUUCUGUUGAUUUAUUUCGUUUAAUUACUUUUGUUGCUGAGUUUUUAGGAUUUUUUUUUUCAAUUCAGGAAUAUUGGAAGAGUCUUCAUAAAGAGUCAACUCAUCUCGUUCCACGAAUCAAGUGCUGAAUCGUCAAAUUAAAAUGGAACAAAAUGGGGAAUAUUUUAUGUACAUAAACUUGACGAGACCUGAAGCGACUGUUUGGAUAUCUAGUCCACUUUUAUAGCUAAUUUUCUGCUAAUCUUGUUGAGGCUCAUGCGGAAAACGGAAAGACAAAAUGAAUUAGUUGUACUUGUUUUUAGUUAUUAAGACGGUUUGAAUGAUCCUUGUGCCCCACCUGUUGUUUUUUUCCUUCGUUUUCCUCGUGAUAAUUGUUGGGAUUUUUAUUCAAGUGAGAAGUGGAGGAAUAGUCAAAUUGAGAAGUUCAAUAACGUUGAAUUGUCGCGUUAAUUUUGCAUUCACCAGGGAAACGAGUGAUUUGAGCAGAAAAUGUCACAAGAACUUUUUUGUCGAAAAUUAAAUUUUCAACAAAAAAUGCCUUCAGACAUUUUUCCCCAGAACAACUCGUUACAGAGAUAAUCUAAUGUUUAUAAAAGCGUGAAGACCCUUGUCUUUUAGUAAAAUAUCUCGCAAUCCAAGGGAAAUGCUAAAUUAUUUACCAAAAACUCGUCCUCAACUUGAACAAAAUAAGCUCAAACCACUUCUCUUGUGAUGAAAUCGUCCCAAAUCCUCUGAAUAAAGCUUAGUGACCCAGAAACCUGGUGUUUUCAGUGAGAUCGUCCACCGAGAAUCUCAUAUCAUUGCAUAAGAUUUAACGAUCAAAUAAACUGGACGAUUUUUCUGAAGUGAUAUAUCGAAAUAGAGUGAGUGUCUUGAUACCCCUAGUGUUCAAACUGUUAUCAACAUUUUUUUCUUGUUAUCGUUGAUAUAGUGUAAUGAAGGCACUCUAGGUGAUUCGUCUAUUUUGAGGUGAAACUGUUCAAUAACUGGACAUUAUCUUUUUGUUUCUUCUUUGCUUUCGAUUCGUUUUUUUUCUUAUCUCUCGAUUAAAAUCGUUGUUAAUCGUUGAUCGUGUCUGAACCGGUUGUUGAUUAUUAUUAUAAGAGUUUAGAAAUUAUUGAGAUGUGGGGAAAUACGUUCACAAAACAUAUCCGUCUGUGCCAAGUAAUGAUAAUUCGAGUGCUGAAAAAUUAUUUGUGUAUGACAAUUGGAAAUGACAAUCCACUGGCAAUUGAGUUGUAUAUCAAUGAACAAUCGUAUUCAAAAAUAAUAUACAAUAUUUGUAUGCUACAAAUUAUAAAAUAAAUAAAGUGCAUCAAAAGUUUGUGAAAAAGUU